AUGUUAGAGGAACCGAAAAACUUUGAAAUAGUACCACGAGUGGUUAAUGGCUGGCCUGCAAAGAAAGGAGAUGUGCCUUAUCAGGUAGCGUUUAAAUCGCUGCGUUACCGCUAUAGAAGGAUCUAUAUGACAUUCUGUGGUGGUGUUAUUAUAGCCCCAAAAAAAUUGGUUACCGCUGCGCACUGCUUUGACGAAAAGACGAGCCCCUGUCGGAAAUUUUGGGGCAAGAGCAUCAAAGCCAGCAAGAAAUUAGUAGCUCGUACGUACGCAGUAGCUGGAAACUUAUACAACUUAGCUGUAUUAUCAAGCAAGGAUACUUUCGAGGAUGGGCAGUGGAGGAGACUUAGAGAAGUCAUAUACCCUCGCGUUUAUGAUUUUCCUAAAUUUGACAUUGCAGUUGCUUUCACGGUAAAUCCAUUUCAUUACGACGCGUACGUAGGUCCUAUACCAAUAGCAAGUCGAUAUAGAGAUUACGUUGGCAAGUGCUUGGUCUCCGGCUACGGAAGGAUUUCCAAAAAAGUGCGUAAUGAGACUUCAGAAUAUCUUAUACUAGCACAUCUGGAUCUGAUUCCUCGACGCCAAUGUAAUGCGAUACAUUAUCGCAACAUGCAACAUUACGUGUGCACCUCGGGUCGAAUCAGCGACGUUCAGAAGGGUGAUUCGGGCGGUCCCCUGGUAUGCCAGGGUACAGGAGACCCCAACGAGAAAGACAAAGGUAUACUAGUAGGUAUUGUAAGCGGUCAUCGGGAACGCGCUGGGACAUUCUUCACGAGAGUAUCUUCUUACUAUAGCUAUAUACAGAGCAAAUCAAGUCGCAUAAAGAAAAGUUAUUUAUUAUUUAUAGUUACAUUAUACUGUAGUUUACUAUUUUGA